AUGGGUCUUCAUGAGAGUUUCCCUGCAUAUGGUGGUCGCGGGCCGAGCGACUUGCGCUUAGGUAUUGCUUUGGGUACUGUUGCGACUAUUUUUAUGGUCUUACGGAUUUAUGUUCGUCUUCGUAUGAACAAGUUUGGAACUACGGCGUUGAUAUGGUCUCUAGUGGCCUGGGUAUUUACUACACUCACUCAAAUAUUCGGUAUUAUUUCUGUUCUCCAUGGCCUAGGGAACCACAUCACAAUCGUCCAAGAAGCCGGCGAAUUACACCAUUUCCUUCUCUUCACAUGGAUCACGGUCUUUUUCUUCAACUUGGCAAUUCCGACCGGCAAGGUCGCGGUGGCUGCAUUUCUAAUUGAAAUGAACUCACAGAGCAACCCCAAAAUCCGCCGAAGUCUCAUUCUCGUCGCUGCCGUGAACAUUAUCGUCAACAUCCCCCAGGUCCUCUUAGUCUGGUUCCAAUGCAGUCCCCCAAAUGCACUAUGGGAUCCCCUCCUCCAGAGUCAAUGUGACCACCGCAAGAGUGUAUACUAUACAUACUUUGUGGGUGCCGUCGCCGCCAUCUCGGAUAUCUACCUCGCCGUCAUCCCAAUCACAAUGCUGGUACCCUUACGAAUCGACAAGACAUUGAAAUGGGGUCUUAGUUUCCUCAUGGGAUGUGGUGUCUUCGCCGGUGCUGCUGCAAUUGUCAGAACAUGGGCAGCCAAGUUCAUUAUGAGCGAAGACUCAUCUUGUAAGCCGCAACAUGUCCACUCAAAUGAAGCAAUCGCUAACCUGAGACCAGACGGCGUGGGAAUCCUCUUCCGCUGGGGUGAAGUCGAAGAAUGGAUCGUCCUGAUCACAAUGUCAAUUCCGCCAGUUUGGCCACUCUUCCGGCCAUUAACCCAUCACUUCAUCAAAUCAACAGCCAGCCGAAGCCACCCUCAAUACAAGCAAGAUGGCUAUUAUGGAAACUACGGCUCGACAACCCGAGGGAACCCAUCCAUUGCGCCGCCAAUUGUCACGACUACUAUUUCUAUUUCUUCCCAGAAGGGCGGUCCGGCAUCGGCUACAACAGUCCGUCCAUCCUCUUCUGCGGACUCGCUUUCGAGAUGUGGAGAGGAUGAGCAUGAGACGACUCAUACUAUCCUCAGCCAUAAUGGUGAUCCUGAAGGCUGGGUGGAGAUGUCCCAUCUCAAGGAACAGAAUCGCACUUGA